AGACUCGCCGAUAAAAAAAAAACCGCAAAAAGCACAGAAACAGAUAACUGAUCAACUGUGAAAGGACAGCAAAUUCCCAGACUGCUGCAUCCCUGGUAAAAUUUAGAAUAACAAACGAAAACAUUCACUACAGCUAAGAAAAAUAUGGACAACAGUAAGCAAACUGUUGUUGUAACAGGGUUUGAGCCAUUUGGAGAGCACACUAUUAAUGCCAGUUGGGUAGCAGUCCAGGAACUAAAGAAGCUGGGCCUGGGAAAGGACAUAGACCUGCAUGUGUAUGAGGUGCCUGUCGACUACCAGGCAGUCCAGAGUUUGAUUCCAUCACUAUUGAAGCAGUAUCAUCCCCAGUUAGUGGUCCAUGUUGGAGUCUCAGGUAUGGCCACCACCGUUACCUUAGAGAAAUGUGGCCGUAACCAUGGCUACAAGGGUCUGGACAACAGCCGCUUCUGUCCCCAUUCUCAGUGUUGCAUUGAGGGGGGCCCAGACUGCAUUGACUCAGUUAUUGACAUGGAAUCGGUCUGCAAAAGAGUGACAGCCUCUGGACUAGGAGUAGCAGUCUCCAUCUCUCAAGAUGCUGGCAGAUACCUCUGUGACUUCACCUACUACACCUCUCUGUACCUGAGCCAUGGGCACUCGGCAUUCAUCCACGUGCCUCCCAUAGAGAAGCCUUAUAGUGGAGUGGACUUGGGUAGGGCCCUCCAAGCCAUCAUACAAGAGAUGUUGAACAUGCUCGACCAAACCAAAGAGAAGAUCCACUGCCAGCGUGUGCACUAAUUUACCUGUGAAAGCCAACUGCCUUUAACCCCUUACACACAAGAGAGAUUAUGCACUUAACCACAACUAGCCAAACAAUGUUUUUGUUUCAUUACCUCUUCUGGUGCAAAUUCAAAGAUGGCAACCAUACAGACACUUCCAGUUGACUUAUUUCACAGCCAUUUCGUCACAUUCUUCAUUGCUGUUUCCUCAAGCUCUUGACCUGGCCCAUUUAAAAAAAGAAAAAGAAAAAAAUCUUAAUGGUUAUGAUGAGGUGAGUAAAGCUGGUUCGGUGUUUUGGUGUAACGAGCUUUCCCCACAUUCUGUUGACACAGAGAUUGAGCAUGACGAUUUGAACUGGAAUAACAGGAAUUGACAGAAGUGAGCCACAUGCUUGUUCUAAGAGCGCUACUCUUUUUGAAUCUGAGAAGCUUCCAUGGUUUUGACUCUUUAUCCAUACUUACACUGCUAUCUCAGAAACAGGGUUAGUGUAUGGAAUAGCCCUUUUUUGCAUCAACUCAAUGUACAAGUUCCACAUUAUUUAUUGUUAUCUAUCUAGUUAUUUAAGGGGAAUUUCUGUCUUUGGUUGUUAUUCAUCAUCUUGAAGAGCUAUUUUUGUAACCAGCUUUUUCAUUAAAGUCUUAAGCGUCCACUUGUUGGUGCUACUUAAGUCAUGCUAGUACUUCCUGGAUUUGAUGUAUAUGAAAUGCCCGGCCUUUUCCUCUCCACUCACCAACAAAACCAGCGAACUACAACUUCUGAUAAGGAUAAAAAAGGACUUCUCACCUCUUUCUUUUUUAUGCUGUGGGUCUAGCCAGCUUCCAGGUCUACAGGGCUGAUCACGUCCCGAAGCAGUGCAAUAAAUCCAGCGGUGGUUUGUUUCUACGUCACCCAAUGCUGGUGCAAUGAUGACACUUCUAAGUCUCCAGAUCUGGAAUCUAUUUUCAUCCACUGCAAACCUUUUUAUUCACCCUGUGAAUUUUCCUCAGUCAUUCUGGCCGGAGUCUAUAUCGCUCCGAGCACCUGUGCACACAGAGCAACAUCUACUGGCUGAUCAGAUCAGAGGUGGAAAGAGAAUACCCAGAUUCUACUUUGACCAUCAAUGGGGGGAUUUUAACCAUACCAGCCUACAACAGGAACUUCCCAGAUACAAACACUUGGUGAAAUGUUCAACAAGUCAAGAAAAAAAUUCUGGACCAUGUUUACAGCACUUUUAAAGGGACAUACCAUGCUGUCUCCCAUGCUCCCUAAGGGAACUCCGACCAUGUGAUGCCACACCUCAUCCCUGCAUACAGACAUCAACUAAAAACAGCCAAGCCUGUCAAACAUGUGGAAAUAAGACUGACGAGGCCAUUGGGAAGUGAAAGCACUGCCUAGACACCACAAAUUGGAACAUAUUCAAGGACAGCAAAGCCAACAUACACGACUACACAGACAGAUUCACAUCCUACAUCGGUGUAUGUGAGGAGAACUACAUACCAUCCAAACAUUUUUCUAUCACACUUCAACGACAAGCCAUGAGUCACUGGUGAGCUUAGGGCUCUCCACAGUGCCGAAGAGCAAGACCAGGGUACUCUAUAGAGGUCAAGAAAAAGCUACUCUCAGGAAUGAAGGCAGCCAAACAGCAGUACAAAGACAGACUAGAGCAACUGCUCGUCUGUCUGGAAAGGACUGAAAGAAAUGUCCAACUAGAAACCUAAAACUACAAACCCUAACCCCUCACUGCCGAAUAAACUCAACAAGUUCUACUGCAGAUUUGACACACCCUCCACCUACCCCUCCUUGCCACUUCCCCCUCUCACCCAUCUACCCCAUCCCACCCCUCCCUUCCCCAUUUCUCUCCAGGCUCCUCUCUCCUCUACUUAAUACUUAAGUCUAUUGACGCCACGUGCAUCAAUAUAAGUAAUACAAUUUUAAAAAUCAUCAUCCCCAUUUUUUUACAUGGGUUACGUCUCAAUCCACCGCAUCCACCUAUGGCGGCCUUUCCGUAUCUGCGGUGGAAGCUAACAGAGCUAGAGCUGUCAGACCAUGAGACAUCCUGAAAAAUCUAGCUUCUCACAAAAACGUCUGUAGCUUCCGAACGGUUUGGCCUACAAACUAAUAACCACUCAAUGGAAAGGGGAGACUCUCACAAACACAAUGGUGUUCUCCUGUGUCACGGGGACCUAUCUUAAGAUACUUCCAUUCAUUUGUAUGGGUUAUGGGAGUAGAAAUAAGAGGUUAAAUGUGUAUCCAACCUUCAAAACCUUAUUCCUUUAUGAUUUUUUUUCUUAUUUUUUCUUAUUUUUUGCCAUUUAUGAAUGUUUAUUCAAUGUGUUUCUAUGGGAUAUAGUAAUGGCCAAGUUCAAUAUUUUAUCAACAUUUUUUUAUAUAUUUUUUAAAUGUUUACACCUAAAGGUGUGCUAAAAUUCCAAAUCAAAUAGCUAAAUGAUCCAUGGUAUGACCAUCUUAAAACAAUUCCACGUGUUAUGUCAGCUUAGUAACCCUCCCCUCAAAUGGCUUAGAUAUUUAGAGGUUUAAAGCACUGCGCGGACCAGCUCUCCCGUUUUCACUGACCAUAUUCUACCAGUCAUUAGAGCAAUGCACUGUUCCUGCCUGUUUCAAAUCUUCCAUCAUUGUUACAGUCCCAAAAAAACCUAAAGGUGUCCUGCCUGAACUUUUACAGACCUGCAGUGCUCACCUCGGUAAUCAUGAAAACCUUUCAGCGCCUUGUACUGUCCCAUCUCAAAACCAUCACUGACGCCUCCCUCAACCCACUGCAGUUUGCCUACAGAGCUGACAGGUCUGUGGACGACACUGUCGAAAUGGGCCAACACUACAUCCUCAAACACAUCGAUAACCCAUAGACAUAUACAAGGACAUAGUUUGUGGACUUUAGCUCUGCUUUCAUUACAUUAUCUCAGAACUGCUACAAGACAAACUGUCCUAGCUGAACGUGUCCAGCUCCAUCUAUCAGUGGACUACUGACUUCCUAACCAACAGGACGCAACACGUGAAGCUGGGAAAACACCUCUCGGACUCUUUAUCCCUCAGCACCAGAGUGCCGCAAGGAUGCGUGCUCUCACCUAUACUCUACUCACUUUGCACCUCUAACAACGCAUCUGUCAAACUACUCAAGUUUGCAGAUGACGCCACUCUGGUCGAUCUCAUCACCGAAGGCGAUGAGUACAUGUACCGUGGAGAGGUCAACCAACUAGUGGCCUGGUGCAGUCAAAAUAACCUGGAACUCAGCACAGACAAAACCGUUGAAAUGGUGGUUGACUUAAGAAAACGCCCCCCACCAUCUCUCCCCCUCGAGAUUGUUGGCUCAGCUGUUAGCACGGCUAAAUCAUUCAAAUACCUGGGGACCAUCAUCUCCCACAAUCUCAAAUUGGAGGACAACAUCACAGAGGUCACCAAGAAGGCACACCAGUGGAUGUACUACUUGCAGCAGCAAAACACAAUCUCCCAGCCAUACAUUAUCUGGUUUUAAGCAUCAAUCGUUGAGUCCAUCCUUCAUCUCCUCCAUCACUGUCUGGUUUGGGUCUGCCCACUGCAAGGGCAAACUGCAACACAUACCCAAAAUGUCUUGCCACCUGAAUAGUUUCUUCCCCCAGGCUGUGGCCCUCACCAACCGGCUAUCUGGCCCAUAGAGACUAAAGCACUAUGCACUCUAUGCUGCACACCGCAUCAGGCCAUCUCUGAACUGUAUACAAAAUAACUGCAUUUCACUCUGUCCAGCUCUCUGCAUUUAGAUAGAUUCAUACUGUAAAUGUGUACCCACUGUACAUUUGUAUAUCUGCUCAUUCUCUAUGUUCACUUUACCUAGUUGUAUAUAAUGUGUGUAAACUUCGUUGUCUGUAUUCUGUCUCUAAAUGUUGUCUAUCACAAGCAGCUGGCACCAUAUCACCAAGUACAACUCUGACUAUUUGUAAAUGUACUUAGUGAAUAAAGGUGAUUCUGAUGGUGCUUUCAUAAGGUGUUUUGC